CCCCCCUUUCUCCUCCCCCUUCGGCCCUGACGCGAGGAGGCCCUCGGCUUCCCGGCCCUGCGGCUCGGGGGGCGCUCGGAGCGGUGUCCGCGGAGCCCCGGGCAGGGCAGCCGCCUCCCGCCGCCGGGCUCUGGGCAGAGCGGGGCUACCGAGGCUUCCAGUUGACACCGGGAGCCUAGAAAAUGAAGCUAAAGGAAAUUGAGCGAACAGCUGUUCAGGCAUGGAGUCCAGCAAACAACCACCCCAUUUAUCUAGCAACAGGAACAUCUGCCCAACAACUGGAUGCGUCCUUCAGUACAAAUGCCACCUUGGAAAUAUUUGAGGCUGACUUCAGGGAUCCCUCCCUAGACAUGAAGCAGAAAGGAACACUUCCUGCCUCAAACAGGUUCCAUAAGCUGAUCUGGGGUAACUUUGGAAAUGAGUCCCCAGAGUCCCAUGGAGUGAUCAUUGGUGGAGGGGAUAAUGGUGUUUUGACAAUGUACAGUGUGCAUCGCAUCUUGGCUUCAAAGAGUGAGCCUGUAAUUGGGCAGACAGAGAAGCAUUCUGGUCCUGUACGAGCUCUUGAUUUCAACCCUUUCCAGAGUAACCUCUUGGCUUCAGGAGCCAAUGAUUCUGAAAUUUUCAUCUGGGACUUGAAUAACUUCAGUGUGCCUAUGACUCCAGGGUCUAAAUCACAGCCUCAUGAAGACGUCAGUGUGGUGUCCUGGAAUCGGCAGGUACAGCAUAUCCUGUCCUCUGCUCACCCCAGCGGCAAGGCUGUGGUUUGGGACCUCAGGAAAAAUGAGCCUAUCAUCAAAGUCAGUGACCACAGCAACAGAAUGCAUUGCUCAGGAAUGGCCUGGCAUCCAGAAGUUGCAACCCAGCUAGUCCUUUCUUCUGAGGAUGACCGCUUGCCAGUGAUCCAAAUAUGGGACUUACGUUUUGCUACCUCUCCUUUGAGCCAGCUGGAAGGGCACACGAGGGGAGUUCUCUCUGUCUCUUGGUGCCAGGCUGAUCCUGAACUGCUGUUGAGUAGUGCCAAAGACAACCGGAUUUUGUGCUGGAACCCAAGUAUGGGGGAGGUGGUUUACGAAUUACCCAUUCGGAGCCAGUGGUGCUUUGAUGUCCAGUGGUGUCCCAGGAAUCCUUCAGUCUUCUCUGCUGCCACUUUUGAUGGGUGGAUCAACAUUUAUUCUGUUAUGGGUGGGAACCUAGAAGCUCAGCAGAAGACACAGGCUGACAAGAUCUCUUCCUCCUUCAACAAUCUGGAUCCCUUUGGCACAGGACAGAUCCUUCCUCCUCUGCAGGUGCCAGAGCAAAUAGCUCAGACUACCUUGAUUCCACCAUUAAAAAAGCCACCCAAGUGGAUUCGCAGACCUGUGGGGGUUUCAUUUGCAUUUGGAGGAAAACUGAUUACCUUCGGUCUUACCAAGGCUCCUGGACAGCUAACGCAGCAGUCCCAUCCACACCAGGUAUUCAUCAGUCAAGUCACUACUGAAACUGAAUUCCUGCUCCGAUCCAGGGAACUGCAGAUGGCCUUACAGUCAGGGAACCUCCUUGAUUACUGCCAGGGCAAGAUCCAGACAGCCAAGUCACCAUUUGAUGAGAACCUUUGGAACUUCUUGAAGGUGAAUCUGGAGCAGGAGCCCAGGACUAAACUCCUCAGGCUGCUGGGCUACAGUAAAGAGAAUCUACAAGAAAAGAUCACCUCAUGUUUGAGCAACGGAAUCACAGAUAAACAGCCCGUUCCUGAGGCAGAUGAGACAAACACUGCACAGCCAGAUGAGCUUUUGGUAAAUUCCAGUGAUGAUGUAGCUGCUUCCUCCUCUUCAGCCUUUUUUGACAACCUCAUCCCACAGAAUAUGAGCACAUUGGAGAUUCCUGUCACAGAAGAUACGGAUGGACUCAUCAGCCAAGCACUUUUGUUGGGAAAUUUUGAGGGUGCCGUGGACCUGUGCAUGCGAGCAGAGCGCUUUGCUGAUGCCAUCAUCUUAGCUAUAGCUGGUGGGGAGAACCUCCUAAAAGAGACCCAGAAGCACUACUUUGCCAAGCAGAAGACAAAACUUUCCCUGCUCCUUUCCUCCAUUGUGCAGCAGAACUGGCAAGAUAUUGUUUGUACGUGUGAUCUACAGAGCUGGAGGGAGACACUUGCCAUCUUGUUAACAUAUUCAAAGCAUGAGGACUAUACCCAGCUCUGUGACAUGCUGGGUGCCCGCCUGGAGUCAGAUGGAGAUGCAGCCCUGUCCGGCAACGCCUGCCUCUGCUAUAUCUCAUCAGGCAAUGUGGAGAGGUUGGUGGAAUGCUGGGUAAAAAACCAUGAGACUUCAUCACCCCUUGCACUGCAGGAUCUCAUAGAGAAAGUGAUGGUGCUGAGCAGGUCCAUUGAGAUGCUCCGAGGCACAGCAGGACCAGUGCCAGGCCCUGUCUGGGCAGAACAAAUCACCCAAUAUGCCAGUCUCCUGGCAUCACAAGGAUGCUUGGCAGCCGCAAUGAAUUACCUACCCAGCAGCUCUAAAGAGCUUCUGAUUGAACAGCUCCGAGACCGUCUUUUCCAUGCUCAAGGAGAGAAUGUGGGUGAUCAGCAGCCGCCUCCUUUUCCCUACACCCGUGUCAACGUAGGCGUCAUUAAACAUACGUCUCCAGCAGUCAAAGGUGGUUCUACCCCUGAAGGAGCAGCCCACAAAACAGGUCCCAGGCAUCCAGAGAAGUUACAGCCCAGCUAUCAGUCAUUUGCCUCUUCAGCACCUUCUCAGCCUUCAGUGCCUUCCCUCUUCACACCUCAGCCAGUGCCAGCAAUGUCUAUGACACCUCACCACAUUGCCCCUCCCCAGGCUGGCACAAGUACACAAACAGUCUAUUCCAGAGGCCCUCCGUACCCACAGCACAACUUAGGCUUGGUUCCAGCAACCGCUUCAGGGCCAGUUGUGCCACAGUCUCAGCCAUUUGGACCAGCGGGAGUCAGACCUAUUGGUCCUCCUCCCUUCCCCAGCCAACCUUCUCUGCCAGGACAGUCCAUGCCCAUGACAUCUCCUGGUGUUCCACCACCUGGAUCUGUGCUCUUUAGUCCAGCCCCAGUCCCAUCAACGCAGCUUCCUGCAGCUUGUCCUCUCCCAGUGGAAAGCCAGCCUCCUGUAGGUUUCUCUUCAGCACCUUUCAACUGCCCCAUGAACAUGGGUUACCCUCAGGGAGGUCCUGGUGCUCCAUCUACAAAGCCGCUGCCAGCAGCCAGCAUUCCUCCUCCUCCUCCCACAGGUUUCUUCCCUUGGCUAGAUCCCCACGUGGAUCACGCAGCUCAGGAAUCUUGGACUGAUACCUCUGCUGUAAGAGGAGGCCUUCCAAAGAAAAAGUUGCCUGAGAAAUUUACUCCUCCACCCCCCAUCACAGCUCCAGUAAUGAGUGUGCCCACUGAGCCCCAAGGGAUCCAUCCUCAGCUGUCCAGGUUGCAAGAAUCUGGUCAGUCACCCCCAGGAGCACCCAAGGAAGGCAACCUGCAGUAUCACCAGCUACCAGUGGAGAGAGUUGAAAGGAAGGAGUUGCCUCCUGAGCAUCAAGCUCUGAAGGCCACGUUUGAAGGGCUGGUGCAACGCUGCUCUGCUGUCGCUACUGAUCCAAAAACCCGAAGGAAGCUGGAGGAUGCUUUGCAGCGGCUGGAGUGUUUGUAUGAGAAGCUGCGUGAACAGGUGCUCUCUCCAGCCAUCAUCAUGGGUCUCCAUGAAAUUGCCCGCUGCAUUGAGGCUAGGAACUACCAACAGGGCCUGCUGGUUCACACCCAAGUGGUGAGCAGCAGCAGUUUCAGCGAAGUGUCUGGUUUCAUGCCCAUCCUCAAAGUCCUUAUGACCAUUGCUGGCAAGCUGAAUGUGUAAAGUGUGGAGCAGCUGGAACAGUGCACACUGAAAGCUGGUGGACUCCCUCACCUGUUGAUGUGCUGCAGGUUGUGGACUGUCCUGACUCUGGAGAAAUAAGUCUGUGCCAGUGCCUGGAACUGUGCUGGGCCAUCACGCCUGGUCCCAUCUCUCCAGACAGCCCACUUCUGGAGACUGUUCUUUCUCUCUCUUAUUUCUUGCUAAUCUAAGGCCACUUCCCAGCUGAGAGAUCUCCAUUUCAGGCUGUCCAGGUUGCACAGAGAUCCUCCUUCUUCCCUGUAUCCCCAGCACUAAGGGGAAACUCCUUACCUCCCAGGAUGAUGUUGAUUUUGGUUUUUCUUAGGAGACAAGCAGCGCUGGCACCUGCAGUGCUACCAGAUGGGAGAGCCCCAGGCUCUAUUCCCUGCUGCAGUGUAAGCUGCCUGAGUGAUAGUUGGGCUCCAUUGGGACCUAAGCUGGGAUGUUGCUGCUCUGUUGGGCUUCAGUGAAGAUCUCUCCUCUGGUUCCUCCUUUCUCUUCAUUCUCACCCUUGACUCAUCUUCCCACCACUCUGCACCCAUAUGCUGCUUACAGCUUGGGCUAACUACCAGCCCACGCUGGGCUAGCUCUGGUUCUCUCUCUUCACCCAGUCCUCUCUUUUCACAUUAAAGUUUCCUGUUUACCCUCUAUUCCCCCUUCUUUUUAUCUCACACGCUACCACCACCCUGCCUCCCUACACCCACAUAAACUACAGCCUUGAGCUCUUUAUGUUGCAGGCCCAGGACUGAUUUCCCCCUCCUAAGUCCUGGGACUCUUCCAUUCAGGUAUGCUAGGUUGAACUGCUCUGUGCGCUCCCUCCCAGAGCUGGUUGCCCCCUCUGGCUUCUGGCCUUUUUCACUUCUUUUAUGUUAGCACAGUUGGCCUUUUGCCCACUAGUGUUGUCUAAAGGCUGCCUACAUUGGGAUUUUCAGACAAUCUAGGGACUUUAAGAGCAGCAGAGGCUGUUGAGGUUCCAUAAAGAAUCCCCUCGAGCUACUCUGACCAGCCUAGACUUGAGCAGGGGGAUAUAGCUUAUUGGUGCACCACACCUACAGUAAUGGACACAUGCAAAAGUGGUUCUCAAAGGCCCCUCGGCACUGUGGUGGUAGGAAUAUGCUGCAGGAGGUGAUGCUGUCAGGUCUUGGGGAUAUGACUGUGCUGAGGAUUUUCAUCACUGUGGCAUUUCCUCUAGGGUAAAAUAGAUCAAUGAAGCAUAUCAGUCCUGAGGAAAAAGUCUGGGAAGGCAGGUGGGAUUUUAGGGCAUAUCUGUCUCUGUGUGCGUCUUUACCUCUCUUCCUCCCUCCUUGCCCUCCUCUCUAUCACCUUCUUUAAUUCUAACCAGGCAGUGUAAUUGUUGAGCCCUAGAUUGGGAGCAAGGCUCCUCCCCAAUAUUUGGCUGCAGCCAGAUCCCACUUCCUCUGCUUGCUGCUAGAGUGAUAAUGCCAUCAUGGGCCUGUGGUUCACCGACUUGCAUGAAUCAAGCUGCUCUACCGUGAGACUUAGGAGGGAGGAGAAUCGGAGAAGGGAGGGAGAGGACAUGUCUCAUUCUCUCCUUUCCAGGUCAAAGUGCCUCCUUGUUGAUGCUGUGGUGUUUCUGUUGCUGCGGUUUGAUUCACUGAGAGGUUACAGGACAAUGAAAUAAAAGCUGUGUUUUGUGA